AUGAUGGAUUUGGUUGCUGGUGUACGCAAAGAAGGCAGCCGCGGCGGCCGCAAUGAGUUCAAAUGGUCCGACGUCCAAAGUUCCGCCUACCGAGAGAACUACCUAGGCCACUCGGUGAUGGCGCCAGUCGGCAGAUGGCAACAAAAUCGUGAUCUCAACUGGUAUGCCAAGGGGGACGAAGAUGAGGAAGAACGAAUCCGCAAAGAGAGAGAGGAACUUCAACGUGUCAAGGAGGCCGAGGAGGAAGCAAUGGCUUUGGCUCUGGGCCUCCCGGUGCCCCCGAAAGCAUCUGAAAACGCCAAUAUGGUUCCUCUAGGAGGUCCCAAUAGGAAAAAGACCACCGCUCGAGUCACCGACAUAGACGCGAGCGAACCCGAAGCCCGCGACGGGAAAGACGACAUGACCGAGGCGACGAUUCUACACGUGACAAGGACCGGAGGCAUCGCAGGCACCAUGACGAUCGAGAGCGCCAUCACCGCAGCCAUCGUCACAGAUCCCGCUCACGAUCUCGUGGUCGAGAUCACUACAGACGACGCUCAGUCUCUCGUUCUAGGAGUAGACCCAAUCGCAAAGACGAGGAACACCAGAAACGACGACGGAUGGAGCGCAGCUACUCGCCGGCUGAACGCCGGCGACACCCCGAACGCAGACGAGACCGAGAUGACCAUGAUCGCCGCCAUUGAGCUACAAACCCGGGAUAUAAAUUGA